AUGGAGACACAACUCGCAGAUCUGAUCCGAUCCGUCAACGAGGGGCGCGCGGCGAACGACGCUUGCCUGGAGGCAAUCCAGGCGUCCCUCGAGCUCUGGAGGCCGGCGGUCUCCAACCUGCAACGCGAGCUCGACGAGCUCCGCACCCAAGUGGGACGGAUCGCCCUCCACCCGGCACUCGCGACGCAAGGCGAGACGGUGGAAGAAGUGGUGGUGCCUUCGGCACCGUCUCCUCCUCCGACGGGCCCCGAGCACCAUGGGCCAAGUGGCCACGGCGAGAUCUUCAACUCCGGGGGUGGGGCUCACGGGGUGGUCACCACCCUGCAGCCGCCUCCGGUCAAGGGUACGUACCAAUCCCUACCGGAGAACUACGCAUCUGUAGGAGUUGGGUCGAGUUGUAUGAUUAAUUGGGAGCCGCCACACGCCACGCAGCAGUCACCGCACACGCAUCACUGGGCGCUGCCGAAGUUGGAUUUUCCCCAAUUCGACGGUGAAAACCCACAGUUCUGGAAGUCUAGAUGCGAAAAAUACUUCGAUGUUUAUGGUAUUCAGCCCGAUAUCUGGGUUCGUGUAGCCACCUUACACUUCACAGGCACUGCCGCUCGCUGGCUGCAGCUGCACGAAGCAGCGAGUUGCUUGUCCACUUGGGAGGGUCUGUGCAUAGCACUGAAGGAGAAAUUUGGUCGAGAUCAGUACCAAAUGCAUCUCCGUCAGUUUAACAUUCUGAAACAGACAGGAUCCGUAGAGGAGUACAUGGGGCAGUUUGAGGAAUUAAUGCAUCAUAUUCUCGCGCACAAUUCGGGGUUCGAUCCGAUUUACUUUACAACUCAAUUCUUAGAUGGGAAGAGCUGGUGGAGGAGAUGCCGUGGUGCGAGCACAGACGAUAUGAUCCAGCGCCGCCAAGACCCCCAGCGCGACCAGCACCAGCAAUGGCUGUGCCAGCGGCGCCGCAGCGCGUACCGUUACCUGCCCCACAGGCAGCAGCGGAGGAUCGCCGGGCGCUGGACGCAGCGCGUGCGGCUGACCGUCGCCCUGACUACCGUCCAGCUGCACGUGGUGGAGGAACUCCUCGAGCUGCUACAAGCUGAAGAGCACGACAGGCAAGAAGCAGAGUCUGAUUCGGAAGAGGAGGUGCUCAUGUCCAUAUCAAAGCUCGCAACGACAGGGCAAACCACUCCGCGCACGGCCCGUUUGCUAGGACAGAUCGGGGGGCGUGAAGUGUUGAUAUUGAUAGACUCUGGCAGUUCCCACAGCUUUGUCAGCAAGGAUGUCGCAGCAAGGAUGACAACUCAAGUACAGCCGAUGGCACCUGUGUCGGUAAAAAUCGCUGAUGGAGGGCUGCUAUCUUGUUGUGGAUACAUACCGGCGUGCAAAUGGGAGACGCAGGGACACCAAUUUAUCACUGAUCUGCGGGUGCUGUCGCUAGGCUGUUAUGACAUGGUGCUGGGAAUGGACUGGCUGGAGCACUGCGGACAGAUGGUGGUGGAUUGGGGAGCAAAAACAUUGAAGUUCCAGCAUGAAGGGAAGAGCAUUUUGUUGCAGGGUCUAACAGCUGCUUCUUCAACAGUGGCAGCAAUAUCAGUGACAGAGCUGCAAGAGCUAGAGGCAAAAGACUCGGUAGCACACAUGGUGAUGCUGUGUAUAACUGAAGGACAAGUGGAAAUCACUCCUGUACCAGCAACUAUUCAACAAGUUUUGGACGAGUACCAGGACCUUUUUCAGGAGCCAACAGAGUUGCCACCGCACAGAGAAUGGGACCAUGCCAUACCCUUGCUACCAGGAGCAAAACCAGUGAAUCUCAGACCAUAUCAAUACACACCAGAGCAGAAGGACGUAAUUGAGGCUCAAGUUAAGGAACUGCUUGCCGAAGGGCUCAUUACCGCCAGUACCAGUCCAUUUGCGUCGCCAGUUUUGCUAGUGAAAAAGAAAGAUCAAACAUGGAGGUUGUGUGUGGAUUUCAGACACCUGAACGCGAUCACUCUAAAAGCCACAUACCCAACUGUUGGAAAUAUGCCCUAG